AUGGAUUCUACCACUUUCCACAAAAUUUACAGACCGGGCCUCUUCUUGGGGCUCUUGGUCACUGUCCUUCUAUUCCAAUUUGUGAUCUUACCAGGUAACCAUUCAGAAAAGGUGCACUAUCCGUCGCGGGGCGACCUUCCCUUGAUCAAAGACUUGACCUGGGGGCAGGUCAACUUCAUCCAAACCACAGACACGCACGGUUGGUACUCAGGGCACUUGAAUCAGCCACAGUUCCAUGCCAACUGGGGACAGUUUGUUUCCUUCGUGAGCCACUUGAGAGACAUUGCACAUGUCAACGGACAGGACUUGAUUGUGGUCGAUACCGGUGAUAGGCACGAUGGCAAUGGGUUAUCCGACGCUACAACACCCAACGGCGCCAAGUCUCUCCCCAUAUUUGUCCAACAGGACUACGACUUGGUCACCAUCGGGAACCACGAGCUCUACGAAGUGGAGAACUCUCAGCAAGAAUACGAAUUGGUGGUGAGCCACUUUAAAGACGAAUAUGUUUCGUCCAAUGUGGAGUACCAACUAGACAAUGGUACGUUCGUCCCAUUUGGCAACAGAUACAGGUACUUUGAGACCAAAAACGCUAAGACCAGAAUCUUGGCUCUUUCGUUUUUGUUUGACUUCAACAGAGCCAACGAGAGAACAAGGGUAACACCCAUUAAGCAGUCCAUCAAGCAGCCGUGGUUUACCGAAGGUGUUGUCCACGAGUUCCCGGAGGAUAAGGUUGAUUUGUUGGUUGUUUUCGGCCACAUUCCUGUAGCACACUCGUGGCAGGAGCUAACCUAUUUGCAUGAGCAGUUGAGAAAGGUGUAUCCCAAGAUCAAGAUCCAGUACUUUGGGGGGCACAGUCAUAUCAGAGAUUUCCUGGUCUUUGACGAGAACCUGACCGGCUUGCAGAGCGGAAGGUUCUGUGAAACUGUGGGAUGGGUAAGUGUGAACCACACAUCGACCAGCAGUUCUACUGAAAUUGGUAAAUCCAAAGACGUAUUGGGACAUGCCAAGUCAUUCUUUUCCCGCUCAUACAUCGACUUUAACCUCGAUUCCUUCUUGCAUCACUCAAGACAAUCAUCCAUUGAAGAGUUUGACACAGAAAAGGGUUUGAAUAUCUCUUCGUCAAUUAAGUCCAUUCGCAAAGACCUUGAAUUAAACAAAGUUCUUGGCUAUGUCAAGAAGAGCAACUACUACUUGGAUUACGCUCCUCUAACCAGUCCAAAGAAUAUCUUUAAAUUUUUCACCGAUAAAGUCUUGCCUACUUUAAAUUCCACAAGUGAGGACAGCGCUGCCCUGUCCAAUGAUAACAGGAUUAUCAUCAUAAACACGGGAUCUGUUCGUUAUGACUUGUACAUGGGAAAGUACACUGUAGACUCAGAGUACAUUGUAUCACCAUUUCGGAAUGAAUGGGUCAAAUUGGCCGUACCCAAAAAAUACGCAGUGAAGAUUGCGCCUAAGUUGAACGAGUGGGACUACAUUACAGCACUCAAGAUGGAUUUAACUCCACAUAUCAGAAGCUCUGAAACAGGCGAUGCAAAUCCAGAAGAGGUCUACGAAUUAGAACAAGAUCUAGACUCUGAGGGUCAAGCGGUGUUGUCAAAAAGGCUCUCCAAGGGUUACAUUACACACGACGACUUUGGUACAGACGGUGAUGACACAAGACACAGACCUGUGGUCAACUUCCCCAUUCCAAACGUUGUUCUGUCUGUUCAAAUCGGUGACAUUUCAGACAAUGAGUUGGUGGACGUUGUUUUCUACAAUUUCAUCACGUCCAAUAUUAUCUGGGCAUUAAAGGAGUUGGACUUUACAAAAGAUGUUACCAAAGAAGUAGAAUUUUAUUCGGAUCAAUACUUGGGUAAGCUAUUAAAUAAUUAUAUACAAUCAUAUGGUGCGUAG